AUUGGGUAACGUAUUGCGUCACGCAUCGCGUCACUUCCUGGUGUUUGCGGUCUGUGCUGCUGCCGUUUCACGGCGUUGCAGGCUCAGAUCUCUCCCGACUUUUUAUCUAAAACUUAGACUGUUUUCUGGUAAAAUAGCACUAUAUCUGGUACAUUACUGUUUUUAUUUCAACACUCGCUCAUUUUCUCUUCCGUAACUUUCACUGUCACCAAUCACCGAUACAUUUUCUGUCCGUUAGCCUCCGUUAGCAUCUUAGCAUGGCCGCUCCGGCUCCCACCGCUUCACCUCUUUCCUGCUCAGUGUGUGAAAUGUUUAGUUAUUCCUCUGCCUCCUUUAGUGAAGACGGUAAGUGCUUAAAGUGUAGUUUAUUUGCAGGGCUGGAGGCGAGGCUCAGUCAGUUAGAGGUCCGGUUCGGCCAACUAAACCAUAGUCCGAGAGCCUCCUCAGCUAACCAGGCUAAGCUAGCGGCGGACCGGCCCGUAGCAGCUGAGCGUAACCGCUCCCCUGCAGCUCCCGAGCAGCCGGCCAGGCAGGGCAGCUGGGUGACGGUUCGGAGGAAGACUAGUCUUAAAGGGCUCACGGAACACCACCACCCGCUUCAUGUGUCUAACAGAUUUUCCCCACUUAGCGACACAUCUGUUGAGAAACCGACCCUGGUGAUUGGAGACUCCAUAGUCAGACAUGUGAAGCCGACUCCAGAGACCUUAGUUAGGUGCAUCCCGGGGGCCAGAGCGGGCGACAUAGAAGCAAAUUUGAAGCUACUGGCAAAGGGUAAUCGUAAAUAUGGUAAAGUUAUCAUCAAUGUCGGAGCUAAUGACUCCCGUCUUCGCCAGUCGGAAGUAACCAGAAUGAAUAUUGUCUCGGUGUGUAACUUCGCCAAAACCAUGUCAGACUCCGUAGGUUUUUCUGGCCCCCUCCCCAAUCUGACCAGCGAUGACAUGUUUAGUCGCAUGCUCUCGCUCCGCCGCUGGUUGUCUCAGUGGUGUUCAGAAAACGACGUGGACUUUAUUGACAACUGGGAGACAUUCUGGGGAAAGCCCGGUCUGAUUAGAAGGGACGGCAUUCAUCCCACCCGGGAUGGUGCAGCUCUUAUGUCUAGAAAUCUGGCCAAUGUUAUUAGACACUCCCCCUGACAAUGCAGGGUCCAGGCCAGGAUGCAGAGCUGUAGUUUAACAGGGCUGGAGGCGAGGCUUAGUCAGUUAGAGGUGCCUAGCAAAAUAGAAGUGGUUGCAGUUCCCCGCCCUCCAAAAGUUCACCAGGUGCAGCGUUAUAGAGGCGUUAACCAAGAUAACCUUGUAAAAAUUAAAACCAAUGCACAUUUGGUACCAAUUACAGACCGAAAAAUUAGAUGCGGACUACUAAAUAUACGAUCAUUAAGCUCUAAGUCUCUGUUAGUAAAUGAUAUAAUUACAGAGAGCAGGAGUGAUAUUUUCUGCUUAACAGAAACAUGGUUACAGGAGGAAGAGUAUGUUAGUUUGAAUGAAUCAACUCCGCCCGGCUACUUUAAUCAUCACAUUCCUAGAAGCACGGGCCGAGGCGGAGGAGUCGCAGCAAUUUAUAACUCCGGUCUCCAAACAAAAAUUGAACCCAAGUGCAACUAUAAUACAUUUGAAAGCCUCAUGCUUGGUCUGAAAUUUCCGAGCCGGAAAUCAGAGAAGCCAGUUGUGUUAGUGGUAGUGUACCGGCCCCCUGCUGGUGCGUAUCUGGAGUUUUUGUCUGAAUUUUCAGAUUUCCUUUCUGGAUUAUUGAUCAGCACAGAUAAAUUCAUCAU